AUGGUGCUGUAUCUGGUUAUUUUCCGUCACAACAACCGAAUCCCAAUAUUUGGGAAUCGAGCAAUGUCUUAUCUGAAGAAGAUGAGGCAAAUGAAGAAUGCGAGGAUGAUGGUGAGGGAAAUGAAACUCCUUCUCCCCAUCAAAACUUCACUCAAAUGUUACAGCAACCACUCCAAUCAACUCCGGAAUUUCGUGUUAGUGGUUCAAAAGAAGGGUGUAUUUUGGAAGAGAGUCUUGGACGCAUACGAUGCUGCCAGGGAAUCGAAUGCAGAUGAAAUAUCCCUACGAACUAUUAGUAGUUUGAAGGGAAGGUGGAUGCGAAUCUCUGAAGCCGUGUUAAAGUGGUGCGGAAGCUAUGAUAAGGCCCGGAAGCGAAAGGGAAGUGGCUAUAACGAAGAUGAUGUUAUCCAAGAGGCCCACAAAAUCCAUGAGAACUCAUUCGGACGAUUCACCUUCUACGAGGAAUGGAUCCAAUUAAGGAAGUGGGACAAAUUCCGGUGUUUCUUGGACCAACAAACAUUCAAGCCUUCGGUGGGACGUCCACAUUCAACUUUACUGACGGAUGAGUCUGUAGGGAGCGAAAGUAGUGGGAAGAGGACACAGGAUGAGGGUGACAAUUCCUCACCUACCACACCAACCAGCGUGGGUGUCGGUGAUGAGAGAGUAGCUCGUGCUGAAGGUAUUAAAAAGGCUAAGUCGAGAUUGAAGGGUAAAGCUCCAUUAAGUCAAGCAUUUAAGGAAUUAGAAACAUUCAACAGCCGAUUGCAGCUACUUGGGGAUUCGAUGAAUGUGUCAAACGAAGCAGAAUUGAAGAGACUUGAAAUACAGGAGCGCAAGGAGGCAAGGAAACAACGGAAAAUUGAGCUAGAGCAAUAUAGGAUCAACUGGGAGCAACUAUCUCGUCUAGAACAGAAAGUAAACCGAGAACAGUGGGAAGACGAAAUGAUAGUAAUACUUCGGAACAAUAUUCAACGUUUCAAUAAUGAUGCUUAG